AUGUCGUUCGUCCCCGUCACCGCCCCCGGCUGCCCCGGGCGCCCCAAGGGCGGGCCACAGUGCCCCAGGGUGAUCACGCCGCAGUGCCCCAACGAGCUGCGGGCCGCCGGAGGGUGCAACAACGCGUGCAUGGUGUUCAAGGAGGACCGGUACUGCUACACCGGUUCGCCGGCGAACAAAUGCGGGCCUGCUGACUACUCGAGGUUCUUCAAGGGGCAGUGCUCCGACGCCUACAGCUACCCCAAGGACGACGCCACCAGCAUCUUCACCAGCCCCGGCGGCACCAACUACCAGGUCAUCUUCUGCCCAUGA